AUGGACAUGGAGAGCCUACCGUCGGCCGCCGCCCUCGCCACGGAACAACCGCUGACGCUGAGGGCCUCCACACGCAACCGCAAGCGCACACCUGUCGUCAAGUCUCCGGUGAAGAGGAAGAGAUCCAAGGCGCCGGCGCAGCCCGCGCCCAAGGCUGCCACCGACAGCGACUCUGACUCUGUGUUCGUCGGGGAGUCAUUCCUCGCCGAGGAGGCGCACAGCAGUUGGAGCAGGAAAGCGGCCGCCACUGACGAUGAGGAGGUCAAGCUGGCCAAGUCGCACUACCGAUCAGCCAAGGUCGACGACACCAUCUACAACAUUGGCGACUACGUCUAUGUAACGGCCGGUGAAAAUCUGGUGGACUACAUCGGCAGGAUAACAGAGUUCUUCGAGGGCGUCGACGGUGGCCGCUACUUCGCCUGCCGGUGGUUCUUCCGUCCACAAGACACAGUGAUAUCCAACACGAAACUUGUCAAGGACCACACCCACGACCCGAAGCGUGUUUUCUUGUCUGACGAGAGGAACGAUAAUGACCUUGAUUGUAUUGUGUCCAAGGUCAAGAUCAUCCAGGUCGAUCCCAAGCUUGAUCAAGAAGCCAAGGCUCAACUAGCGGCUGACGCGGACCUGUACUUUGAUAUGUCCUAUACUGUCCCCUACUCGACGUUUGAAAAUAUCACACCAGAUAUUAAUGAGAAUUCUGGGAUCUCAUUUGAUGGUGAAGCUAAUUCAGAGUCUGACGCUGCAGCAACAAAAGCAACAAUUCUCGACCUAUAUUCAGGCUGUGGUGGAAUGUCCACCGGCUUGUGCUUGGGUGCAGUAAUAGCUGGUCUUCAGAUCGAAACGCGAUGGGCUGUAGAUCUUAAUACCAAUGCAUGUGAGAGCUUUAAGUAUAACCAUCCAAGCACAGAGGUUCGUAAUGAAAAAGUGGAGGAUUUUCUUACCUUGCUAGAGGAAUGGUCUGUCCUAUGUGACAAGCACAUUCAUAAACAUAAUGGUGAUGCCUCAGCUAGUUCGUUGGCGGAUGAAGGGAAAGACCGUGUACUUGAAAAAGGCAAGCUUGUCAUAGACAAACUUACCGCCAUCUCCUAUGGUGGCACCAAGAGAGAAAAAUGCAUAUACUUCAAGGGUGAUGUUGAUGUGUUGUGCGGUGGCCCGCCCUGUCAAGGAUUGAGCGGGAACAAUCGGCACAGAAAAUGUGACAAACCCUUGGAUGAUGACAAGAAUAGACAGAUUGUCACAUUUAUGGACAUCGUUUCCUUCCUUAAGCCAAAAUAUGUGCUUAUGGAAAACGUCGCGGAUAUUCUUAAGCUCAAUGGUGGCUCUGUUGGUAGGUAUGCUUUGAGCCGUUUGGUGGCACUAAACUAUCAAUCUCGGAUGGGGUUGAUGGUAGCCGGUUGCUAUGGGCUGCCACAAUUCCGAAUGCGAAUGUUCCUAUGGGGAGCCCUCCCGACCAUGGUGCUCCCAAAGUACCCCCUCCCCCAAAUUGAUUCUGUUUUGCAGCAAAGCGUUGUUGCAUAUGAUGAAAAUCAGAAACCAACCUUGAAGGAGGCUCUGUGUCUUGGUGACGCCAUUUCAGAUCUGCCCACGGUAAGCAACGAUGAAACUGCGGAUGAAACUGUGUAUAGUGUGAAAGCAGAGACGGAAUUCCAGCGCUAUAUCCGGCUAAGUCGUAAAGAGAUGCUGGACUACUCAUUUGGUGAUAACAAAUGUCCCUCAGAAGGUAAGCUCCUGGAUCACCGGCCUUUGAAGCUGAACAAAGAUGACUAUGAGCGUGUUAAGCAAAUACCAUAUCAGAAGGCGUUCCUGCGCAAGUCGGAGGGGAACAGCAACCCGCUGAUCGUGCUGCCCGACGACUUCUCCGACGUGGCCACGAUGAGGGCGAGGGCAAGGGCAGCGUCGGCUGCUGCCGAGGUGGCGGCGGAGGAGUUGGAAGGAGCUUGA